UGGUUUUCACUUUCUCUGUGCCUGUAUUAAUACGUUAGCAACAUACACAUCCAGUCCGAACUCUUUCUCUCCCGAGUCACACAGAGAGAGAGAGAGAGAGAGAGAGAGAGAGAGGGAGGGAGAAAUGGAGGGAGAGAUCAUCUACCCAAACUACAGCUUAGAUAAGGAGAUAAGUAACUUCAUCAAGGUAUGGGUUUCAGUUAUUACAUCCCUAUCAUACUGCAAAUUUACAAGUAAAAUAGUACCAAAAGGCCUACUUAGAUUUCUCACAUUCAUCCCUAUCAUUUGCCUCUUCUUAUACCUCCCUCUCAAUCUCCACUCCAUGCACCUCGGUGGCAUGAGCUGUUUCUUCGUCGCUUGGCUUUCCAAUUUCAAAAUCCUCUUGCUCGCCUUCGACAAAGGCCCCCUCUCCGACCCAACUCUCUCUCUCCCCAAGUUCCUCGCCAUCGCUUGUUUCCCCAUCAAGAAAACCGAACCAAAAAACCCACCUCCAGAAUCCAUAACCAAACCAAACCCAUCUCCCCAAAUCACCAAAAAAUUAGGCCACAAAUCGGUUAGGAAUUACGCUCUCAAGGGGCUUCUCAUUGCUGCCUUUGUGCAAAUUUAUGACUACAGUGAGCGUAUACACCCGAAGGUUAUUUUGGUCAUCUACUGCUUCCACAUAUACUUCAUGUUGGAGCUGAUGCUAGCCGCCGUCGCAACCCUGGCUCGAGCCACUCUCGGGUUAGAGCUUGAGCCGCAGUUCAACGAUCCGUUCCUCUCCACCUCCUUACAAGACUUCUGGGGGAAAAGAUGGAACUUGAUGGUCUCGCGUACACUGCGCCCGACCGUAUACGAUCCUACCCUCAGCAUCUCGACGCGGAUCGUGGGCCGGAAGUGGGCCCCGUUGCCUGCCGUGUUCGCCACGUUCGUGGUGUCGGCCCUGAUGCACGAGCUUAUAUUCUACUACUUGGGGCGGAAGCGGCCCACUUGGGAGAUCACGUGGUUUUUCGUUCUCCACGGGGUGUGUUUAGUUGUUGAGAUAGUGAUAAAGAAGUUGUUGAAGGGCAGGUGGCAGUUGCCUCCGGUGAUCUCGACGCCAUUGACCGUCGUGAUUGUGAUGGGUACCGGCUUUUGGCUGUUCUUCCCACAGUUUUUAAGGUUCAAAGCGGACGCAAGAGCGUUUGAAGAGUACGCGAUUUUAGGAGCCUUCGUGAAGGACGUAGUUGGUGGAGCUCUGAGGUCGCGGCAUUUCAAUGGCACUGCAGUUUAACAUUACACGCGCAUGCUCAUUAAUUAAUUGUUUCUUUUUUCACAAAAAAACAAUCAUGGAUUAGGUACUACUCCUAUAAUAAUCAUGGAUUAGGAGUCCUAUUGUACUAUAUUUAGUAAAACUAAAGUGAAAACCUACUAAGAUCUCGUUGGGCUAAA